UCCUCUCGGAUUCCUUUGCCUCGGCGACGCUGACGCAUUCAAAAGUGACUCAAUUUCAGGGAAUUCGACUGCGCGGAGACAGAAGGCUGCGUGGACCGGCAGGGAAGGCACCGUGAUGCCCUCGACCCGGUCCCUGCGGGGACUCCAUCAAGUGACCUGUCCUGCCUGCUUCGGGCGCCUGCAGGAUGCGGUGAGCCUGGCCUGCGGACACACGGUGUGUGGGCUCUGCCUCCCUCCAAGCACCCCGAUGGGCGCACAGCUGCUCUGCCCGCUCUGCCAGGAGGAAGAGGAGGAGGAUGCCCGGGCCGCAAUGAUCCCGGUGCCCCUGGGCCCCCUCGGGGAGACCUGCUGCCAGGAGCAUGGAGAGAAGAUCUACUUCUUCUGCGAGACGGAUGCAGAGCUGCUCUGCGUGUUCUGCAGGGAGGGCCCCUCCCACCAGACACACACCGUGGGUUUCCUGGACGAGGCCAUCCAGCCCUACCGGGAGCGUCUCAAGAGUCGGUUGAAAGCUCUGAGCAUGGAGAGGGACAAGAUGGAAGACCUGAAGUGUCAAGAAGAUCAGAAGCUCCAAGUGCUUCUGACUCAGAUCGAAAGCAAGAAGCAGCAGGUGGAAGCUGCUUUUGAGAGGCUGCAGCAGGAGCUGGGGGACCAGCGGCACCUCCUGCUGGCCAGGCUGGGGGAGCUGGAGCAGCAGAUCCAGAAAGAGAGGAAUGAGUAUGUCACAAAGAUCUCCGGGGAGGUCGACCGGCUGGGAGCCCAAGUGGAGGAACUGGAGGAAAAGUGUCAGCAGCCAGCAAGAGAGCUUUUUCAAGAUGUCAGACUCAACCAGAGCAGGUAUGAGGUGAACACUUUUGUGAGUCCAGAGGCCAUCUCCUCUGACCUUGUCAAGAAAAUCCGCAAUAUCCACAGGAAAAUUCUCGCCCUCCCAGAGAUGAUGAGGACAUUUUCAGAACACUUGAUACGCCACCUGGAAACAGAUGCAGCUCCCAGGCGACAUGCUGCUGCUGCUGCUGGCCCAGCCACCUCACCUUGAGAAUCGAAUCCUCAGGCAGAGUACCUGUGACAUCUGUCCUAUCCUCAGGGAACAGAAGGGGAAACUGAGGACCAAGAAGCAGGCCGCAUGAGCCAGGACUCCUUCCGGAUGGCCUCCAGCCCCGUGCACGUUGGGCUCUGCUUCCUCUAAGGAUCACGCUGAACCCUCAGACCACCAGCCUGAGCCUGGUCCUGGGACUGAAGUCUGCACCAUGGGAGUAGCCCACCCCCCAAAGUGGCUAGGGCGACUGGACAGGGGUCCCUGAGUGCCUGAGGAUGGCAUCCAGAGCUGGUCCAGCACCUGUCCUGGCAGGGGCACCGAUACUGACACAGCUGUCCACCACACCGUGUGGACACAGCUGUGGAUCGGACACCCACCUUCCCCUUCCGGCCUCCUCCACAGCCACAGUCUUCCCGUCUUUUGCCUUCUGGAAAGUUCCUGCCUGACUGAAAGACAAAGGUGGAAUCCGGGAAGUGUGGUAGGGACAGCAGGGUCCUAGGACCCACCAGUUCCAGUAACCAGCCGGUACAAGAGAGGCCAGGCAUCUUGGAAACUUACAUAGCAGUUAUUUUUACUUAUUUAUCAAGUACCUACAUCUCCCUGCAGUUCUGAUCCCGGAUGCAGUGCCCCACUAGGUGGACAGAGCAGGCAAGGCUGAGCCAGAAAAGCUAGGAGCCAAUGGGAUUUGGAAGAGGGGAAACAAAACUAAAAUU